AUGUCGCUCGAGGAGUUCUUCAACGAGAACUCACUCGGCGACUCUGCGUGGGAUGAGGAGGACAUCAACCUGGACGCGAUCUCCUCGCCACUCACCAACACCACCAGCAUCGACGUGCUGAAGCACACGCCCCUCCGCAUCGCAACGCGCGCGCCCGAGGACCACGAGUUCCACGCCGGGUUCCAAGGUGCGGCUCAGACCCGCAGUCCGCCUUACAUUGUCAAGUUCGCCCACCUGCCCUCGCAGUUCACGGGCCCCGAGAUCGAGGACCUCUUCCAGACCAAGUGCACCAAGUUCAUCAAGUUUAAGAUCUUCUGGGAGCUGAACAAGAAGCCCUCCAUGGGCGUCGCAUUCAAGAACUCGAAUGUCUUCGACGCCAACUUCACGCGCGCCUCGAAAGUCGCCUUCACCGAGCUCUACUCGGCCCGCGACCUUGACAAGAUUCUCAGCUACUGGACCGAGCCGCUCAAGGAGCUCUAUGAGAUUAUCGUCACGCCCGCGGACUUUGCCGACUUCAUGAACUACAUGGAGAAAACCAAGCUAUUGAGCGAGGCCGAUGAUCCCACCCGGCCCUACAAGCCCCGGAAAGACGGCCUCAAGACCCGCAGUGAUAUCAAGAAGACCAAGAACAAUCCAUUCGGCACUGCCCACCCUGUGGACGAGGUUGACCCCACCGGCGACGUCCAGGUCAAGCUUAGUAAGAUGAGGGUGCACGACGAUUCGAAGUCACGCGAGGUCCUGCGUGGGGCCGAGACCAAGACCAGACCCGAUGACGCAGCUCUCGCUGCUGCUGCUGCUGGACCAGAGAAGUCAGCCGCAGCGCCCCAGCCAUUGAGCUACUCCGCCAUGCUGAAGAAAUCCGUGGAUGCUGCUGCCUCUGCCUCCACUCCCGUCUCUCUUGUACCUACAUCCGCCUUAGGCCAUUCAGAGGCCGAUUCAAACACGAACAUUGACGAAGAUAAUGCCGACGGUACACACCAGGGCAGUUCGAACGGGGACGAGAACGACGACGACCAGUCCCAUUCCAACGGCAACUUUACUUUCAAGGACAAUCAACGUAAGGGCUACCAAUCAGGAACUCGCGGCCGCGGAACAGGCCGUGGAGGCCGUGGUGGCCGCAGCGACAAUGGGGGACGCGGGGAUCACAGCGAACGUGGCGAACGUGGCGAACGUGGCGAACGUGGCGAACGUGGCGGCUACCGUGGCCGUGGCGGCAGUCGCGGGGGAUUUUCCAGAGGGGGCGACUCCGACCGCAAAUUUGACGACUCUCGCCCGAGGGGAAAAUUUCAGAGUAACAGAGAAGACAACCCAUACUCAGUAUUCCGUCCCGCCAGUGGAUUCUUGCGCGAAAGCACCAGCUCCAAUGGAUCCAGAGGAGGCAGAGGUGGUCGCGGCAGCUUCAACGGAGACCGUGGGAGAGGCGGGAGCCGUGGGGGUCGUGGCGACCGCCGUGGCUUUACGGCUGUUUGA